ACGACUCCUGGGAUGGCCACCCGAGCGCGCAGGACAGCCAAGUCCUCCGGCUUCCAGACGAUACCCACACAGUCGUCCAGGCUGCUGCUGCUGUUCCUGUCACUGGUAAGCCGCGUCUCCACACAGCCCGCUGUCCCAGGAGAAGCAUUUUUGUUCCCGGGUCUUUCCGGGACUUCCAGUGUCCCUGCAGAGGAAGCUAUAGUGGUGGCGAACCGCGGGCUCCGGGUGCCCUUCGGUCGCGAAGUCUGGCUGGAUCCAGUGCGUGACUUGGUGCUGCAGGUGCAGCCAGGGGAUCGCUGCUCAGUGACUGUGCUAGAUAAUGACGCGCUGGCCCAGCGGCCUGGCCGCUUGAGUCCCGAGCGCUUCGCGUGCGACUAUGGCCCGGGAGAGGUGCGCUACUUGCACCUGGGUGCUCGCAGCCCUUCGCGCGACCGCGUCCGGCUGCAGCUGCGCUAUGAUGCCCCAGGAGGGGCGAUAGUCCUGCCUUUGGCCUUAGAGGUGGAAGUGGUAUUCACUCAGCUGGAAGUUGUGACUCGGAACUUACCUCUGGUCGUGGAAGAACUACUAGGGACCAGCAAUGCCCUGGACUCUCGGAGCUUAGAGUUUGCCUACCAGUCUGAGACUGAGGAGUGCCGCGUGGGCAUCUUGUCAGGUUUGAGUGCUUUGCCUCGUUAUGGAGAGCUCCUUCACUACCCACAGGUCCCAGGGGGGACCUCGGAGACCCUUUUGAUGGACUGCAAAGCAUUCCUGGAGCUGGGAGUGCGCUAUCGUCACACAGCUCCCAGUCGCUCACCUAACAGGGACUGGCUACCUAUGGUGGUAGAGCUACUCCGAGGGGCUCCUAUGGGUAGCCCGCCUUUAAAACGUGAGCACUUCCAGGUGCUUGUGAGGAUCCGCGGAGGAGCAGAGAACACUGCACCGAAGCCCAGUUUCGUGGCCAUGAUGAUGAUGGAGGUGGACCAGUUUGUACUGACCGCUCUAACACCAGACAUGCUGGCAGCAGAGGAUGCUGAAUCCAACCCGGACCUUUUGAUCUUCAACCUCACCUCUGCCUUCCAGCCUGGGCAGGGCUACUUGGUGAGCACUGAUGACCGAAGCCUGCCUCUCUCCUCCUUUACACAACGGGAUUUGCGCUUGCUGAAGAUUGCCUACCAGCCUCCCUCUGAAGACUCUAACGAGGAGCGUCUGUUUGAACUGGAACUGGAGGUAGUGGACCCCGAAGGAGCAGCCUCAGACCCUUUUGCCUUCAUGGUUGUGGUGAAGCCCAUGAAUACGUUGGCCCCAGUGGUCACACGAAACACUGGCCUUAUUCUCUAUGAAGGUCAAUAUCGGCCACUCACGGGUCCUGUAGGCAGUGGACCCCAGAACUUGGUCAUCAGUGAUGAAGACGAUCUCGAAGCUGUGAGACUAGAGGUGGUAGCCGGGCUCCGGCAUGGCCACCUUGUUGUUCUAGGGUCUCCCAGUAGUGACUCUGCUCCCAAGACCUUCACAGUGGCUGAGCUGGCCGCUGGCCAGGUUGUCUACCAGCAUGAUGACAGAGAUGGCUCACUGAGUGACAACCUGGUGCUGCGCAUGUCAGAUGGAGAAGGCAGGCACCAGGUCCAGUUCCUGUUCCCCAUCACUUUAGUGCCUUUGGAUGACCAGCCACCUGUCCUGAACGCCAACACUGGGCUGACCAUGGCAGAGGGCGAAACUGUGCCUGUCCCACCCACGACUCUGAGUGCAACUGAUAUGGAUUCAGAUGACUCUCAGUUGCGAUUUGUACUAGAAUCACCUUUCUCAACCACAGGGUACCUACUUCUCCGCCAAACUCAUGCUCCCCAGGAAGAGCAGGGGCUGUGGCAGAAACGCGGGCUGUUUUAUGAGCGAAGAGUGACAGAAUGGCGGCAACAGGAUAUCACAGAAGGAAGGCUCUUCUACAGGCACUCAGGGCCCCAUAGUCCUGGGCCCGUGAUGGACCAAUUGACAUUUAGAGUCCAAGACAACCAUGACCCCCCUAACCAAUCUGGGAUCCAAAAGUUUGUGAUACGCAUUCAUCCUGUGGACCGCCUUCCUCCAGAACUGGGCCGUGGCUGUCCCCUUAGGAUGGUGGUACAGGAAUCCCAGCUCACACCACUGAGAAAAAAGUGGCUGCACUACACUGAUGUGGACACAGAUGAUAGAGAGCUACACUACACAGUGACCCAGCCCCCCAUGGACACAGAUGAAAACCAUGCACCUGCUCCACUAGGCACUUUGGUCUUCACUGAUAAUCCCUCAAUCAUAGUGACCCAUUUUACCCAAGCCCAGGUUAACCAUCAUAAAAUUGCUUACAGGCCCCCCAAUCAAGAGCUAGGAGUAGCAGCUCGAGUGGCACAGUUUCAAUUCCAAGUAGAGGAUCGAGCUGGGAAUGUUGCUCCGGGCACCUUCACUCUUUACCUGCAGCCUGUGGAUAACCAGCCUCCUGAGAUUGUCAAUACUGGCUUCACUAUUGAGGAGAAGGGCCACCACAUCCUGCAGGAGACUGAGCUGCACGUGAAUGAUGUUGACACCGAUGUGGCCCACAUCUCUUUCACUCUCACACAGGCUCCCAAGCAUGGCCACAUGCAAAUCUCUGGCCAGACAUUACAUGUCGGAGGACACUUCCGUUUAGAGGACAUACAGCAUGGCAGAGUCUCCUAUUCAAAUAGCGGGGAUGAAUCUUUGACUGACAGCUGCUCCCUGGAGGUCAGUGAUAGACACCAUGUGGUGCCCAUCACUCUCAGAGUGAAUAUUAAGCCAGUAGACCGUGAAGGUCCCAGGUCAAUCCUUCCAGCUGGCACUCUGGAGUCCUAUCUAGAUGUCUUGGAAAAUGGGGCUACUGAAGUCACUGCCAAUAUCAUUAAGGGGACCUAUCAAGAUACUGAUGAUUUAAUGUUGACUUUCCUAUUGGAAAAUCCACCUUUAUAUGGGGAAAUUCUGGUCAAUGGAGCUCCAGCUGAGCAUUUCACUCAGAGGGACAUCCUGGAGGGUUCUGUUGUCUAUGUCCACACCAGUGGUGAGAUUGGCCUGUUGCCUAAAGCAGACUCUUUUAACCUGAGCCUGUCAGAUAUGUCUCAAGAAUGGAGAAUUGGCAGCAGUAUUAUUCAAGGUGUUACUGUGUGGGUGACCAUUCUACCUGUGGACAGCCAAGCCCCAGAAAUUUCUGUUGGGGAGCAGUUUGUAGUGCUAGAAGGUGACAAGAGUAUGAUAACCCUAACCCAUCUAAGUGCUGAGGACACAGACUCACUGAACGAUGACCUCUUGUGCACAAUAGUCAUUCAGCCAACCUCAGGCUAUGUGGAGAACAUUUCUCCAGCACCAGGCUCAGAGAAGUCAAGAGCUGGGAUUGCCAUUAGUGCCUUCACUGUGAAGGAUCUCAGGCAAGGACACAUUAAUUAUGUUCAGAGUGUCCACAGGGGGGUUGAGCCUGUGGAAGACCGUUUUAUAUUCCGUUGUUCUGAUGGCAUUAACUUUUCUGAGAGACAGAUUUUCCCCAUUGUAAUCAUUCCUACCAAUGAUGAACAGCCAGAAAUGUUCAUGAGGGAAUUCAUGGUGAUGGAAGGCAUGAGUCUGGUGGUUGACACACCCAUCCUCAAUGCUGCAGAUGCUGACAUUCGGGAUGAUUUAACUUUCACCAUUACCCGGUUUCCAACUCAUGGUCACAUCAUGAACCAGCUGAUCAAUGGUACAGUGUUGGUCGAAAGCUUCACCCUGGACCAGAUUAUAGAGAGUUCCAGCAUUAUUUAUGAGCAUGAUGACUCUGAGACUCAAGAAGACAGUUUUGUGAUUAAAUUGACAGACGGCAAGCACUCUGUGGAGAAAAUGGCCCUCAUUGUGGUCAUCCCUGUGGAUGACGAGACCCCCAGGAUGACCAUCAAUAAUGGGCUAGAAAUAGAAGUUGGGGAAACCAAAGUUAUCAACAACAAAAUACUAAUGGCAACUGAUUUAGACUCUGAUGACAAAUCAUUGGUUUAUAUUAUUCGUUAUGGACCAGGACAUGGCUUGUUACAGAGGCAAAAACCUACAGGUGUCUUUGAAAACAUCACCCUAGGCAUGAAUUUUACCCAGGAUGAAGUGGACAGAAAUUUAAUUCAGUAUGUCCAUUUUGGGCAAGAGGGCAUUCGAGACCUAAUUAAAUUUGAUGUGACAGAUGGAACGAAUGCCCUUAUCGAUCGAUACUUUUAUGUGUCUAUUGGAAGUGUUGAUAUUGUCUUCCCUGAUGUGAUAAGUAAGGGUGUGUCCUUGAGAGAAGGUGGCAAAGUCACUCUUACAACAGACCUACUGAGUACAAGUGACUUGAAUAGUCCUGAUGAGAACUUAGUUUUCACUAUUACCAGGGCUCCUAUGAGAGGUCACUUGGAGUGCACAGAUCAAAGAGGAGUGUCCAUCACUUCUUUCACUCAGCUCCAAUUGGCUGGUAACAAGAUCUACUACAUCCAUACAGCUGAGGAUGAGGUAAAAAUGGACAGUUUUGAGUUUCAAGUCACAGAUGGACGGAACCCUGUCUUCCGAACAUUCCGGAUCUCCAUCAGUGAUGUAGACAACAAAAAGCCAGUGGUCACCAUCCACAACUUGGUGGUCAGCGAAAGUGAGAGCAAGCUGAUCACUCCCUUUGAGCUCACUGUGGAAGACAGAGAUACUCCUGACAGGCUCCUCAAAUUCACUGUCACCCAGGUCCCCGUUCACGGGCACCUCCUAUUCAACAACACUAGAUCCGUCAUGGUUUUUACCAAGCAAGACUUGAAUGAAAACUUAAUCAGCUACAAACAUGAUGGCACAGAGUCCACGGAAGACAGUUUCUCCUUCACGGUGACUGAUGGCACCCACUCUGACUUCUAUGUUUUUCCUGAUACAGUAUUUGAAACUAGGAGACCUCAAGUCAUGAAAAUCCAAGUGCUGGCUGUUGACAACAGUGUUCCCCAAAUUGUGGUGAACAAAGGAGCUUCUACACUUCGUACUCUGGCCACUGGACAUUUGGGGUUCAUGAUCACAAGCAAAGUACUGAAAGUGGAGGACAGAGACAGCCUACAUUUUUCUCUCAGGUUCAUUGUGACAGAAGCUCCCCAACAUGGCUACCUUCUAAACCUGGGCCAAGGUAACCACAGCAUCACACAGUUUACACAAGCUGACAUUGAUGACCUGAAAAUAUGCUAUGUCUUAAGAGAGAGAGCUAAUGCCACAAGUGAUAUGUUCCAUUUCAUAGUGGAAGAUGAUGGUGGGAACAAGUUAACCAACCAGCAUUUUCGACUGAAUUGGGCAUGGAUCUCCUUCGAAAAGGAGUAUUACUUGAUCAACGAAGAUUCCAAAUUUCUUGAUAUUGUUCUUAAACGCAGAGGAUACCUGGGAGAAACUUCAUUUAUAAGCAUCAGCACGAGGGAUGGGACUGCACAAAGAGACAGCGACUUCAAGGGCAAGGCCCAGCGACAAGUGCAGUUCAACCCUGGCCAGACCAGGGCCUUGUGGAGAGUGCGGAUCUUGGGCGAUGAGGUGCAUGAGCACUCAGAGACCUUCCAGGUGGUUCUCUCUGAGCCUGUGCUGGCAGCCCUGGAGUUCCCCACAGUGACCACUGUGGAGAUCAUUGACCCAGGCGACGAAUCUACCGUGUUCAUUCCCCAGUCGGAAUACUCUGUUGAAGAAGAUGUGGGCGAGCUGUUCAUUCCCAUCAGGAGAAGUGGAGAUGUCAGCCAGGAGCUGAUGGUGAUCUGCUACACACAGCAAGGGACAGCAACCAGCACUGUGCGGACAUCAGUGCUGUCUUACUCCGACUACAUCUCCAGGCCUGAGGACCACAGUAGUGUGGUCCGGCUUGACAAAGAUGAACGUGAGAAAAUGUGCCGUGUGGUAGUAAUUGAUGACUCAUUAUACGAAGAGGAAGAGACUUUCCAGGUCCUUUUGAGCAUGCCCAUGGGCGGGAGGAUCGGUGACAAGUUUCCAGGAGCCAAGGUGACCAUACUGACAGACAAGGAUGACGGUGAGUUUUGAUUAUCUUACCUGCGGUGGCAACACCAGAC